AUGUAUAUAGCGGUCUUAGAAAACUACUCGGAUGCACCAAUGACUCCAAAACAGAUUCUGCAGGUUAUAGAGGCAGAAGGACUAAAGGAAAUGAGGAGUGGGACAUCCCCUCUUGCAUGUCUCAAUGCCAUGCUGCAUUCAAAUUCAAGAGGAGGAGAGGGGCUAUUUUAUAAAUUGCCUGGCCGAAUCAGCCUUUUUACACUCAAAAAGGAUGCCCUGCAGUGGUCUCGUAAUCCAGCUCCGGUGGAGGGAGACGAGCCAGAGGACACAGCAGAUGCAGAGAGCUGUGGGUCUAAUGAAGCUAGCACUGUGAGUGGCGAAAAUGAUGUAUCUCUUGAUGAAACGUCUUCAAAUGCAUCCUGUUCUGCCGAAUCUCAGAGUCGACUUCUUUCCAAUUCCAGGGACAGCUACAGAGCUUCCUCACAGGCAAACAAACAAAAGAAAAAGACUGGGGUGAUGCUGCCUCGAGUUGUCCUGACUCCUCUGAAGGUAAACGGGGCCCACCUGGAACCUGCAUCAGGGUUCUCUGGCCGCCACGCCGACGGCGAGAGUGGCAGCCCAUCCAGCAGCAGCAGCGGCUCUCUGGCCUUGAGCAGCGCCGCUAUUCGUGGCCAGGCCGAGGUCUCCAGGGACUCUGCCCAGCUCCUGAGAGGUUCCCGGAAGCCGGCCACAGGUCAGAUGAAGCGCAACAGAGGGGAGGAGAUAGAUUUUGAGACGCCCGGGUCCAUUCUUGUCAACACCAACCUGCGCGCCCUCAUCAACUCUCGGACCUUCCACGCCCUCCCGUCUCACUUCCAGCAGCAGCUGCUCUUCCUCCUGCCUGAAGUGGACAGACAGGUGGGGACAGAUGGUCUAUUACGUCUCAGUAGCAGUGCACUGAAUAAUGAGUUUUUCACCCAUGCGGCUCAGAGCUGGCGGGAACGCCUGGCUGACGGUGAAUUCACACAUGAGAUGCAAGUCAGGAUACGACAGGAAAUGGAGAAAGAAAAGAAGGUGGAGCAAUGGAAAGAAAAAUUUUUUGAAGACUACUAUGGACAGAAGUUGGGUCUGACCAAAGAAGAGUCGUUGCAGCAGAGCUUGGGCCAGGAGGAGGCUGAAAUCAAGAGUGAGUUACAUGUCUCAGGAGAAUCGACUAGGCCGCAGCGUGGUCUAGCUACUCGGCAGCGUGAUGGGCAUUUCAAGAAACGUUCUCGGCCAGAUCUCCGAACCAGAGCCAGAAGGAAUCUAUACAAAAAGCAGGAGCCAGAAUCGGCAGGGGUUGUGAAGGACGUGAAAUCUGUGGCACCAGACAUCCCCCUCUACAAGGAUCGAGAGGCUAAGGCCGACCCGGCGGGGGUGAGCAAUCCCCACCAGCCAGGCGUCUCCUCUCCAGCACCCAGCCCAGAGCGUCCUGAGUGCCCAGCUGAACCGGCAGCUUCUCAGACCCAGACCGAGCCGGAUGCCUUGGCAUGUGCCUCUGCAGCUCCAGACAGAAUGCCCAGCUUGCCUCAGGAGACUGCGGAUCAGGAGCCUAAGGACCAGAAGAGGAAAUCCUUUGAGCAGGCGGCCUCUGCAUCCUUUCCCGAAAAGAAACCCCGGCUUGAAGACCGUCAGUCCUUUCGUAACACAAUUGAAAGUGUUCACACCGAAAAGCCACAGCCCACUAAAGAAGAGCCCAAAGUCCCGCCCAUCCGGAUUCAACUUUCACGCAUCAAACCACCCUGGGUGGUUAAAGGUCAGCCCACUUACCAGAUAUGCCCCCGGAUCGUCCCCAACACGGAACCCUCCAGCCGGGGCCGGACUGGCGCCAGGACCCUUGCAGACAUUAAAGCCCGUGCUCUGCAGGCCCGAGCCCAGCGAGAGGCGGCCACCACUGCCAUCGGAGGGGGGGGUGGCCCGGGUGGAGGUGGCGGCGGGGCCACCGAUGAGGGAGGUGGCAGAAGCGACGACAGUGGUGAUGGUGGUGAGGCCUGUGGCCACCUUGAGUCCAGGGGAGCCCCGAGUGCCCCUGGAGAGUGUACGUCAGAUCUACAGCGAACACAACUACUGCCGCCUUGUCCUCUAAAUGGGGAGCACACCCAGACUGGGACUGCCGGAGCUGAGACGGAAGUCCUGGCUUCUCUCAGGAGGGAGGAGAGCUGUACCCCACAGCGGCUUCCAGGGGCCCUCACCAGUGAGCUGGAAGAUGCUCCCCAACUCCCUGUUGUUCCCACUGGGGACCAGCCAUGCCAGGCCUUGCCCCCCUUGUCCUCAAAAACUCCAGUACCUGAGAGAUUGGUUGAGCACUCUGAGGGACAUCUGGAUGUUAGAACUGAAUGUGGGUCUGGUACCCCUUCCUGGGAAGAGGAUGCUGAGGACCGAGGACCCAGUCUUCCCCCAGAGGAUGCUCCUGUUCCAUCUGUAAUGGAAGAUACUGUAGUGCAAGAAGGCACUCACCAGGUUCCGGAUGGUAAUCCCACCAUGCAGGAUCCUGUAAAUGUGACCUCCAUUUCCACCCCUGGAACAUUACUAGCUGAUUGCCGACAGGACAGACCAUCCAGUGGCAAAUUAGGACUUGGUAGCUCCUGCUCACAUUUGAGGGAAAUUGAUGCUAGACAAGAAAACUUGCAGCCUGAGGCACUCAUUUCCGACAGGGAAGCUCCUUGGCUCAACCUUUCAAAUGACAAGGGAGCAAAACAGUCUGACCCCAACUCUACGGAAAAUGUACCGUCUGUUGAGCUCCAGGCUGGAGAAGCAUGGGAGGCAGCUGCUCCCCACAUACCAGCAUUCCUAGGGAGGUUGACAGCCAAGGAGGAUCGUGAUCCUUCUGACAGCCUUCCUGGGCUCUGGGCAGCCCCAUCUCAAGACACAAGCAGCACUGACAGCAUCUGCAAGCAGGUCCACAUUGAAAAAUUUAAUGUGAAUGGUGACACUGAGGCACCCAGCCCUCACAGCGAAACCACAGACACAGCCUCUGACUUUGAAGGCAUUCUCACUGAGGAUAGCAGUGAGGCAGAUUCAGGAGACAUCACAGUGAAGGAAUCUUCAGUUGUGGACAAGGAUGAGAAACACAGUUGGGUCCAGUCCAACUCACUCACCAAAAUGAGUGAUGAUCCAGGUCUUGUUACAAGGACAGAUGGGAUGGUUGCUCCCCAGAGCUGGGUGUCUCGUGUAUGUGCAGGCCCUCAAAAGAUCCCAGACUCCCUGCUGCUGGCCAGUACUGAGUUCCAGCCAAGGCCCGUGUGCCUGGACAGGCCCGGGUCCUCAGUGGAGGCCCCCAGCCCACUCAUAAUGCAGUUGCUACAGCGUAAAUUGCCCCUGGAAAAGGUUCUUCCUUCAGUCCAUGGUGGCAGCAGACCCGAAUCCCUUCAAAUGUCACUUAAGAGAGAGAUGAGCCAGGGUAGCUCUGCGGGGAGGGGACCUCUCUCUGAUCCUGGGGAAGACAGUCACACAGUUGGCAGAAGCAGCCCCAGUUCUUUGAGAGCUUUGAAGGAGCCUGUUGUGUGUGAAAGCCAGGAAGUGCACACUGAUUUGACAGUCCUAGCCCCAGGAGCACCCCAGAGAGUUUCCACAACAGUCCCAAGUGUAGAUUCCCUGCAUCCUGUGACCGGGAUGAGUCCAGUAGCUCCCUCUGGGAAACUGGAAGAACCGAAUUCCAAAGAGCCAUUCUCUCCCUUCAAUUUUGAAGAUCCGAAGGAGACCCGGGACCUGUCCCAGGGCAGGAAUGCCAGUACCGCUGCAGGCCGAAGUCCAGGGACACUCGCUACCUCGAGAGCCCCAAGCUUCUCUCCAAACACUGUCUCCUUUGGUCCUGACCAAGCCAGUUGGUCUCUGGGGGAUCAGAAUAGUGUGGGAGGCCAAGGGAAGAAGCUCUUUGGCUCUAGGAAUGUGACAGCAGCCCCUCAGUGCCCCAGGCCUGUGGGCCCCGCUCCACCACCUGGUGUUUCCACCAGGAAGUUGGGGCCAACCAAAAGUUGUGUGUCCAGUGAGGUGCAGGCUACAAGGGAAGACUGGGUGCCAAAGCCGUCACCUACUCCUGCAGGUAGCAUCAAGAGUGAGAAGACGUUUGUGGGGACUCCACUCAAGGUGAAUGGGGAGGACAGAAAAGCUACUGGGCAGAGUCCUCUGGAGCUGAUGGAUCAUUUGCAGGGAAUGCCCUUUGUCAUGGACCUGCCUUUCUGGAAGUUACCCAGAGAAUCUGGGAAAGGUCUCGGCCAGCCUUCUUCCAUUCCCUCCCAACUCAACAUCAAGCAGGCGUUGUAUGGGAAGCUUUCUAAACUCCAACUGAGUUCCACCAGCUUUAACUACUCCUCUAGCUCCCCCACCUUUCCCAAAGGCCUUGCUGGAAGCGUGGUGCAGCUGAGCCACCAGGCCCGCUUCGGUGCGAGCCCCAGCGCCUCGCUGUCCUUGCAGAUGUUCACCGACAGCAGCACCGUGCAGAGCAUCUCGCUCCAGUGCGCCUGCAGCCUCAAAGCCAUGAUCAUGUGCCAGGGCUGUGGCGCCUUCUGUCACGAUGACUGUAUUGGACCCUCCAAGCUCUGUGUAUUGUGCCUUGUGGUGAGAUAA